CAAGCCAACAAUGGCUGCCUGAACUAUCAAACCAAUAUCCAAAAUUCAUUAGUAUAGUUGAAAUAAGAAGCCGAAUAUGCGACUUAUUGUUGUGUUUUUUGCGACAUGGUUGUCAAAGAGUGAGGGGCGCGGUCACUUCAGCAACAUGACGUCGCACCAGCUGACAACGCCGUACGACGAGAUAGCACCAAUGGAAGCCGAGGAUGGGUUCCAAACAUCCACCAUAAUCGCCGGCCUCAUGCCGGACUCGUUCGGUGAAAUGUUCAACUUCCUAGACGGUGAUAGUUUCGGCAUAGGACCAAUGCACGAGUUCGUUUACGGCUGGCAGGCGAUAGUUAACACGAUGAGCAUGAAGAACAACGUGGAGGUCCGUAAGCGAGCAGGGCUGCAGCGCUUCGCUCUCGCCGGCAUCAAUGGCAUCACGCUCAUCUCGCACAUCGGCGUCACAGAGAUAAUGAUCAAUGGGACACGCUCUUACUGCUUUGGCGGUGUCUCGCGACCGCCUGGACGUCGCAGCGUCAUAUGCAAGGGUGCGAUGUACCAGGAGGGUAGGUUCUCAUGCCGAGUGCCGUUCCUGCGCUACCCGACCAUGCUCGGUUACCGUUACUGCAUUGACAAGUACGCUGCAGUCAACACUCUAGAUGGUACCUACAAAACUACGUAUUGCGCUCGAGGGGAGUCUGUGCCUAAGUUCCACUACGACUACAUCUGCGAGCGGCGGGACGUCAAGAUCAAACACGUGAACAUGACGGAUCCAAACGAACGGUUUAAUGUACGCAACCCGGUGGUGCGCCGUGCGGAGUACUACAGGGCGCCCUACGACAUUCUGAAGGCCUGUCCCGACUGGUACGGUUGCAACCUGCGCAUCGCUCCGGAGUCCAUGCACCAGGAGCUACCAGCCGCGCUGCUCGACGCCAACGAGACCGCAUUCGUCGGCCACGGUGGAAAGUACUGGCUCGCUCUCUACUACACACAGCUCGCGACUUACGCGAUAUAUUUCCAAGCUCAUGGCGAGUACCCGUGGCAGUCGAACCGGCCUAUUGUCUCUGUUGAUAAAGGCGGGAUAUGGGAGCAACUACUGAAGGCUAACAUCGGUCCGGACAUGAACCUGCACUACAAUCUAAACGGCAUCUUCAACCGCUACCCUGGUGGAAACGUUGCACCAGAUCUGAUGCGUAACGAAGGACAGGUGCAGCCAGCCAACUUCAGGUCUGAGAGCCGCGACGGCGCGCCAGAGGACCUCAUCAUUGGUAACGCGCAUCUCGUCAACGGACCUGGUGCGGAAACGGGAAGUGCCAAUUACAAUAAAUUCCUACACGAUUCCCAAGUACAAGGCACUUUCGACCACGCUAAGAAUAUAUAA